AUGGAGUCAGAGCCAUCCUCGCCCGAGCAGGAGCAGGAAAACAGUAGCAGCAACACCAAACUACCAAAACACCUCCAAUUGCCAUCAGGCCUAAACCGGACAGAUAAAACUUACCCCAACCUAAUGCCCUAUCCGAUCGAAUCCCUCGAAGAGAUGGAUACCCAUCUCGAGCUGAUCAUCCAGCACCUACUAGAAGCUGCUGAAGCAAAAGACUUCGAAUAUGCCUUCAGUUAUUGGCAGCAGGUUCUCGAGAAAUGGCUUGAUUUCCGAUACCCCAUCAAACGCCGUCUUAGGGCCCGCUUGGCUGCCCUACUGUACAAUCUCACUGUUUCUCGUGGUAUGGAUCCUGAUUGCGUCGCGCGAAUGGCUAAGCUAUUGAUAGUUCUCAUCAAGUCAGAUAAAACCCUGGAUGUUCGAGAUCUUCAAUUGGACUGGAAGCCACUCUAUGAUGUUUUGAAACCUGAAAUAUUCCCCAAACAGCGCGCUAUCGGCCUAACAACCAUCUAUCUAACCUAUCUCAAUUUGGCAGAGUUUGCAAACGCUUAUUUCCCUCCGCACAAUUCCACGGAGAUACUGGAAGCCUUCCUUCCCGAACUGAACGGCCCAGAAGUCAACACCGUCCUCAGCACUCAGUCUCUUCUAUGUCACUUUUUGCCAAUCAGUCAUCCGCUCCCUUGGCUUGAUUCAAUCUUCCGACUUUGGAACACUUUCCAAAGCCAAAGUUGGGAUUCGCAAUGGCUCGAUCUGCUCGCACGACUCUCACUUAAACAUCUCGAUCCUAAUGCUAGCGAUCCACGCCUAGAACAAAUUUUGAAGAACCUCAAGCCUGGUGACAAGUUUGAUGAUAUAGCUCUAGAAACUAUUUCGAGCUUUGAAGGUCAAGAGGCUUGGUCUGGGAUCCAUCGGGACGUCGGGAUCUAUACAGAGCGCCAAUGGUCAUUCAUCAUGACUCAGUGUAUUCGAUAUUUCAGCGUACCUGUAGGAUCUAAAACCACACAAGCAGUAGCGACCUACAGCGCUCAGGUUACCGAUAUCACAGUAUCUUCGCGGGUCCUCAAGAUGCUCAAACCGUCAGAAACCCUCAGGUCGUUUGCCACCAUCAUAAUCGCUUCCAUGACCGAGGAUCCCAAGUCGGGCGACUGCCGCGCGCUCACGUCGCUAUCCAGAUUAUUAACGGCAAUGGAAACUUUUUUCCAUCCUUCAAACUACGGACGUUGGUCGGCGAAGCUCGCCAAGUUUUUAAACUAUCUUGUCAAACAAUUUGCCCGUCGGUGGAGCUCAGAAUCUAGGGCUGAACAAAGCACGCCCGAUCGCUGGAAGUUGACGGCCCAGAUCAAGAAGCGAUUUGUGAGCAUGUUAAGUAAUGUACUCUUGAUGUCUAUGUUUUCCAAGGACUCGACUACAUCAACUUGGACUCAGCACGCUUUGAAGGUCGCCGCUUUUCUCGAACCUAGCGUGAUGGUGCCGCCAAUCGUCGAGCGCUCCGUCUUGGCCCUCGAGGGUCUGUUGGAGACUCAUCGUACAACAGCGUGCAUUGCUGCGUUAACAUCAGUCAUGGGAAGUAUGCUCAGUGUACAGUCUUUUCGCAACGUUGCUGGCAGUUUACCUGCCAUUCUCGACUUACUUUUGCCGGGAAUCGACCCAAAUGAUGCAAGCAAAACGAUGUACACUGCUAUGCUCGUAUUACAAACGGUCUCCAAGAUCAAAAUCAGUGAAAGCACGGUGAUGUCCGAUCCAGAACAGGAACAAAUUGAGAUUGGAGACUUGAGCCAAUUUAACCCCAGCCAACCCGAUAACGGGACGAUCGUGCUAGAAUCUGAAAGCUUUUUGUCGGAUUGGGCGCUAACCUAUUUCCAAAGGGUGAUGAGUGUUUUUGAGAAUUUACCGGAGCCACAAGGUAAACAGGAGAAGACGGGAGGGAAACUGGAAGAGAACACGAUCAACUUCCUAUCUGCCUCGUUUGAUGAGCUUUGCAAGGCGGUCUCACCCGAGCUCGGGCUCAAGAUGGUCGAUUAUUUCAAGUCUUACGUCUCCGACAACGUUCGAUCAAACAUGGUCAAGGCUGUUGGCUUAAUAGCUGGCUCACUCACUCGCGGAAUCUCUGGAGCAGCCACCUUUAAAUCUAUCUACCCUUUGUGCGACACCAGGAUCCGUGCUGAGUUGGAGGCUGGCGCGGCUUCCGUUCAUACGAUGUCAACCAAUUCACCUACGGGCUCAGAUCUUCGGUUACAUUGGUUCUUUAGCAUUAUAAUCGGGAUCUCUAAUAAUUCUGGCCCUACAAUCGUAGAAUUUAAGGAGUCAAUUUUGUCUCUACUCAAGUUGGUCAUGAAGGAUUGCAAAACUGAACGGUCAUACCUCUAUACAUCGACGCUCCUCUACACUCUUUUGAGAGCUCUCAUCGAAUAUUAUCCCGAGGACAGUCGGUUUUUAAACCCAGAGGAGUGGGAUGGUUCAAAUUCUACAAAUCAUCAUCAGUCACUGUGGGGAAAGACUUAUAAAGCCCAAGAUGCGCAAAUUCGCUGGCAUGUGCCAUCAUCUGAGGAAAUCGACUUCGCGAUCACCAUUCUUGAAGAGGUGGUCCAACCAUACAUGGUCGAGCUCGAUGAAGUUCUUAAUCAGUCCACCCUCAACCAUGAUGAGAAGUGUAACUUCGUCAAGCUAUGUGCGAUGGCCAAGUUUGUUAUCACCGGGAUCUCUGCCUUUGUCGUUAUGGGCUCCCCCGAUAAUCCCGGUCAGCCAUAUACGCAUUGGGGAGAGCCUCUCCCAAGAGCUAUAGAAGACCUUCCGAUGGUCCGUACGGGGAUCCCCUUAGCGAGUCCAGAUGGGCGUUGGGCUAGAGUGGUGAAAUUCAAAGCAUCAGUCUCGGAGCUGGCCCACCAGGCGGCGACGAAAACGACCCUCUAUGAAGAUAACAUCAAAUGCGUUCAGUCCAUUGUAUCCUUGAUGUCUUCGAUCCUUUUGGAUUAUGCCUGUGAAAGUCCCAUUCAUGAUUAUCAUAAGGAGAACUAUAAAUUUGUUCAAGACAUGACUCGAAUAUCAAAGUCGCAGCAAGAAUAUCCAAGGGUUUACUGGAUCCGUCGGGCUCAGCUGGCCCAUUUCACCCGACUGCGAUCGCUCAAGCUCUUCGUCCGACGGAGUUCGGUUGACGAUAAACUGAUCCAAGAUCUGACCGAGUUUUCAGUAUCUUCGUGGGUUUCGAUCAGGCGAUCGGCACAGAAGGUCUUGGAUGCAGCCUGUCACCUUUAUGAUGGGAGUCGAAACUUGAUCUUGCCCACUUUGUUCGAUUCUCUCAAGCCUGGUGCCGAGUCCGAUCGGACCAAAGGCGCCAUUUACGUCUUGGCCUCCAAGACGCUCUUCAAAUUCUGUGUAGCAGAUCCUCAAUCUUGCUCUACUUUCUACUUGUCUUUGCUACGCUGUCAGCAUUCUGAGAAGUCUUCGAUUCAGUCCCUGGUGUCGAACUUACUCGGCCAAAUGACAUUACGUCAGAAAGAACCAUCUACUUUGAAAAAUACGAUUCAGAUUGAUGGUACCGAUGAGAUGAUUAGAUCCUUGAAUUCUGAACUGACGCGUCACUCCAUAAAUCCCGAGAUAUCUCAAAUCCUUGAAUCCAGGAGGCAAGCCCGGGUUGAAAGCAAGGACACCUGGUCACAUCAAUUGGUGGAUGAUUUGCUCGAUAUUGCCGAGGCCCCUUCGACUCACUGGAAGUACUCGCUUCAUGCCGAUCGCUUAUUGAGCAGUAUAGUGAGACGCGAUGAGCCUAUCAAUGCAAGAGUGGCAGCUCACUUCGUGAACGAGCUUGCGACCUCCGAGCUGCCCGCCAAGCGAACCCAUGCUAUCUCUACUAUCACCACGAUGCUCCAUUUCGUCAAACUUCGGACUUUCAUCGAGUCAGAUAAAGAUCUGCUCACGGGAGAAUCACGCAAUCCUCUUCGAAUGACCGUGGAUCUUCCAUCCCCGCAGGACCGCGAACAAUUUGACAAAUUUCUUGCAGAGCUACAGCGCCCAUUGAAAGACCAUCCGCAGUAUUUUGUAGACAAAUUCCUGACCGGUUGGUUAAUCUGUGGUUCGGAAAAGGUGUACAAGCCGCCUGAUGAGGCCUCUGGGACGGUUUGGGAAAGCCCAUCCGGUCCAGCUCUGGACGCUCUAAAAGGGGUCAUGCGACAGAAAGUCUUCUGGGAAAAGAUGGCGGCUCAUUUGAGUCAAGAGCACACCAGGAAUUAUAUUUCGUCUGAGAAUGUGAUGGCUAUCAAAUCUAUCUUUCAAAUCUUCGGCGAUGAACUUUGGCUGAGCCUCUUGCCUACACUAGAAGAAUUACUCGCUGAUCCAGAAGACCGACACAAGCAGAGAGCCGCAGCCGAAAUCAUCAGUGGGGUUAUUCGAAGCACUAAGCAUUGGCCGUUGAAACAACAGAACAUCGUUUGGAGUUGGUUCGAAAAUUGCCUGAAGAAAAUAUACGAUUCGAUCACUCCAGACAUGUUAAGUUGCUGGGUGAUGUGCGUGGAUUACAUUUUAUGGGGCAGGGACCCCCGAAGGAAUCAACCUCUGGUUGACUUCAUUUUGAACUUGGAAACGGAUAGCAAUACUUCUGCGUUUCUGACUAGUAAAGCUCAUCAGUUCAUCGGCGCUCUUCUUCGAUCAUUGGCUUGGCCAUUCAUGCAACCUUUACUACCCAAGUAUACGGAUAUUUAUUGGAAAUCUAUUGGCCAUGAUUAUCGCGAGGUUCGAAAUUGCGUCAGUUUAAACCUGCGAAGCUUAAACGAAGCUGAAACGCAGCCUUCGUUUCGGGAUCUGUCGUGUUUUCUGGAGGCUUGUCGAGCUGGAACCGAUGAACCUUUACUUGCCACCGAUACGCUACUAAAUGGAGUGCUUCCGGACCUGUUCAAUGACCUGGAGAAGUUUAGGAAACUUAGAUUACCGGCUCAACAUGGCGACCAGGAGUACGAUAAAUGUUCGAUGACCGUGUUGGCGUGGCUUUGGUCAUGCUUAAGCGAUGUACAAGCAGCCGCCGCUCACCCCUUUAUCCCGCAAAUUAUUCCAGAGCUAUUCUACAUGCACGAGAUGAUUGAUAAUCAAGAGCUUAGUAAGCUUUCUCAUACGACCUUGAUGACUCUGGCGACACUUGCUUGGCCGUGUAUGUUGGUAGACCGUUUUUUGGCUACCUUGCUGGAUCUAUCUCAGGCAAGGAGCUGGAAGGUCCGACUGGAUGUACUUACCGUACUCCGAGUGUUUUUCUUCCAUCAAAUCUACAACUUGAGUAGACCACAAGUAGAGGAGGUGAUGGAGAGCUUGUGCAAGUUGUUAGAAGAUUCAAAUAUGGAAGUGCGAGAGGCAGCAGCGACAACACUUUCAGGCAUCGUACACUGCUCGGAGCGAGAGUCGAUUUUACAUCUCAAGGAGAGGUUCACGAAGACUUUGCGAGAUAAUCCAGUGCCGAAACAGAGGUUUCUAGAGAAUGGGGUCGAGCGGCCCGGCUACCAGUCCACCCUGAUCAAGAUCCAUUCUGCGGUCCUCGGCUCUUCCGCACUCGUCAAUGCCUUCCCCUACGAUGUCCCCCCUUGGGUCCCUCAGAUCUUGAUUCAUAAUCUCUGCUCUCAUUUGAGCUCCCCUCCGAUGAUCUCUACUACGGCUAGAAGCACUCUAACCGUCUACAAAAAAACCCACCAAGACACUUGGUUUGAAGGUCAAAAAAUGUUCAGUGAGGAAGAAUUAACAAUCUUGAACGAUUGUUUGGUCGGCUCUUCUUACUACGCUUGA